CUUCCAAUAAAAUAUGAAACAACUCCUCUAGUUGACACAUCCAGAGUAUAAUGUAGAAUAGGUGGAUCAUACCAUUAAAUUCGAAUGGACUUUAAAUUCCACCCAAAGAUAGAAAGCAGCUGAGGAAUUCAGAUAGUUGAGAUAAGUUUAAAUUAGUAUAACAAUAUGAUUAGGAAUUCGAGAAGGAAAAGAAAGAAUUUAUUAAUAGGUAUGGUUUCUGGCCUUAACAUUAAAAAUCUUCAGGUGAGUUAUUUGAUAAGACCAAAUAAUCUAGCCCAAAAAUAGAUCCCCUGGCUUUAAAUCUAAUGAAAAAAGUCAAGCUUGAAUGAAA